AUGGAAAACAUUGCUGUGCAGAACUCAGCACAAAAAUCUACUCCUUUGAUUCUACACAUAGAAGGGGACGUAUUCUACGUUCCUUGUAUUUUAAGCGCAAAUGGUCAGGAUUUCAGACCUUUGCUCCAACCAAUUGCACCAGCAGAAUCAAGGUUUGACAGCAUGAAGUCUAGUACUUGGUCACUUAAUGAAGAUGUUGCAUUAUAUCGCAUCGUCGAAGCUCGGGGUCUCAAAGGGUGAAGCUCGAUUGCGAAAGAACUUAACUCGGUCAUGCACCAAAAAGUUGAAGUAAGAAAUGGUCGUCAAUGUCGCGAACAUUGGUACAACCAUUUAGACCCCAGCCUGAGAAAAGGCGAAUGGACUUCUGAAGAAGAUAUUUAUAUACUUGAGCAGCAAAAAGUAAUCGGGAAUAAAUGAAGCGAAAUUGCAAGAGGAUUAACUGGAAGGACUGAAAAUAGUGUAAAAAAUAGAUGGAAAAGUCUUAUUAAGAAAAGCGAAAAAAUGUCACCAGGAGCUGAUCCUGUGAGCUUAAUAUAUAAGCAAAAGCAAGAAAAAGGACACCCAGGGAUAAGAAUGUCACCGGCUAUGAUGCGAGAUGGGAUGAAGCCAGAAACUUUGAGUCCUCAAAUGAAAAUGUUUGGGUUUCGGCAACUGCCGCAAGGGUAUAGAGAUGGGGUCACGAUGUGGAACCAAAUUUAUUUCCAAAGCAACCAAGAGAAUAUUACUGGAACUCCAUCCCCAUCCAUUUUUCUCUCAAUGUAG